GCUCGGAUGCCACUCUGUGUGCCUACAGCCAGGGGCAGUUUUCAGCACUGCCCCAAGAAGGGAUCACAGCUGAUGUCAGAGAGGGUACCAGGGGACUCCAGAACCCACAGAUAUAGCAGCACCGCAGAAGCAAUAGCAGAAGCAACAACACUUUCGCACUUGGUCACACACACACCGUGUGGUUCACACACACACACUGCUCGCUCGCUGGACUGGAAACUCUCACAGUGCAGAGACACUGCCACAGGCACACUAGGUCACACACACACAGACCAUCCGGUUCACACACACUGAAUCGCUGCAAUGGACACUGCGCUGGAUACAGACAAGGUAGGGAUGUCUUCGAGCCUGGAAGAUACAAAAAGGGCAGUGGUGUCUUCAAGCCCUCCACCUAACAUGGAGUUCCAAGCUCUACACCAGGCCCAUCGGGACCGCUGGAAGAACACAGAUGCGUCCAUGUGUCGACACAGCAUGUCCUUCCAUCUGCACCACAGCCUGAGGAUGGAGUUCUUUGCCAGCUUCCUGUACCUGCUGGAGCAGAUCCCCCUGGUCAAGCUCUUCGCGGUGACCUGCGAGAAAAUCAAAGGGGAGAAGUUCUUCUACUACAAGGCACAGCAGUUCUACGAGGACGUGGAGCCGUCAGAGGAGGGGAUGAUGGGAGACUUCGUUGAGAUCUCCCACAUCGACCUGGAAGGCUCCAGGAACUUUCUGAGCAGGUUUAUUGGUCCUGGUAAGGCUGGCACUAAGUGUGCCCUGGACUGUGGCUGUGGGAUUGGGCGGGUAUCUAAAGGUGUCCUCCUGCCGAUCUUUGAGACCAUGGAGAUGUGUGACAUGGUUGAGGCCUUCCUGCUCCAUGCCCAUGAGGAGUAUCUAGGAGACGACGCUGACCGCAUAGAGACAUACUACGCUUACAACCUGCAGGAGCUAACACCACCCUCAAGGAAAUAUGACGUCAUCUGGAUGCAGUGGUGUGCAUGUCACCUGACGGACAGGGACCUGAUGCAGUUCCUGAUGCGCUGUAAGAACAGUCUGCGGCCCAACGGGGUUAUCAUCAUUAAGGACAACAUGGCCCGGAAGGGCUGCAAGCUGGACCCCAUCGACAGCAGCAUCAUCCGCCACCUGGACAUCAUGAAGGACAUCAUCUUUAAGGCUGGCCUGAAGGUCCUGGCUGUGGAGAAACAGGAAGGAUUCCCCGAUGCCAUCGUCCCUGUGUGGAUGAUCGCUAUGCAGUAGCGGACUGACUGACAGACAGUAUACAGUGCUAUAGUUAUUAGACAUUCUGACACACUAUUACAAGAUUGUAUUGUCUCACACCCACUGACAGACAAACUGACACCCUGACAAGCGCACACUACUACUCCAAUGAAGACAGAAUGGUGUGUAUACAGUGGGCUCCAAAAUGACUGGCACCCCUGACUGGGAAUGCACAAACAAUACU